AUGACUCCGAAGAAUACACCUCAGCCCAAGAAGGCCCCUACAAAGCGGAGACGGGAAACGGCAAGCUUUGAUAAGAACCACGAGUUCCUACUGCACUGCCUUACUCUGUCAGAUGCUCGAAUCAACUAUGCUGCCGUUGCCGAAUGUGAGGGAAUCACGGUGCAACAGGCACGCUGGCGCUUUUGGUCGCUCAAGACAAAUAUAAGCAGCCAGGGAAAUGCUACUUCUGGUGCAGACUCUCAAACUAAGAAGAAGGGUCGGGCAAAGAAGGAUAAGCAGGAGGGAAACGAUACUAAGGAGAAUAAUUAA